CGCAUUUGCUUCUUAUUCGGCCAACUGACCGUUGGCCCGUCGCCGCCAUGGCACGACUAGCACUGAAUUUAACAUCGGGCAUCACGGAGUUCUCCAGUCGGAUGUCCUUAAAGAGUAUGUUCUCACAAUUUGGAGAGGUGACCAGUUGCUGGGUGCCGCCGGUGGAGGCCCGGCGCAAGGAAACUGCCUGGGUGAAGUUUAGCACCAGCGCCCAAGCAGAGGCCGCCCUCUUGGCCGUGCAAGCGGGGCAGAUCUACUUAGACGGCGUUAAGGUUGAGGCGGAGUGGCGAAAUGCACCAGCCAAGACGCAGGAUAGCCGUGAUUUCGAUGCCAAGGGCAGCAACCUCUUCUCUUCGCGAGAUUUGAUGAUGGACCGGAUGCGGAAAGAACAGCGAGAAGAGAGAAAUCGCCAUGGAGGUCGUGAUCACGACCGACGGCGGCGAGAUCAUAGAAGUCGAAGUCGGGACAGGGACCGAAAUGAAAAAAAAGAGGACAGGGACAAGCAGAAGAAGAAGAAAAAGAAGAGCAGCAGCAGCAGCAGCAGUAGCAGUAGCAAAAGCAAAGAGAAAAAGGAUGGAGAAAAAGGAGUAAAGAUUGUGCGCUUGCCCGCGUCCAAGAAGGGCGGUCCCAUAGAGAUAGACAGUGAUUGACCACGGUUGAUCCAUAUAACGUGACAUGUCAAGUCGUUCAAAGAACGAGCAGUUGAUGCUGACCGCUCUGUUCAAAAA